AAAACUCUACAAACAAACAGAAAAAAAUCACCGGCAUGCUGAUCUUCACGAGUCGUUGUUCGCAAAUCGCAAAAAAUAUUCUUUCUCGUCGUUUUUACGCCACAAGUCUCAUCCAGAAAACCAUGGAACAACAUCAAAUCGUUCCAGAUGUAAUAUCUGUUGCUCCCGUUGAGGUAGCAAAAGUAACAUAUCCCGGUGGCAUUACCGUCAAUCAAGGAAACGAAUUGAAACCUCGUCAAGUCAAAGACAUUCCAGAGGUACAAUGGAACGCCGAUGCAUCUGCAUUUUAUGUUCUGUGCAUGACUGAUCCGGACGCUCCGAGUCGCAAGGAAGCAACGUACCGUGAAUGGCAUCACUGGUUGGUCGGUAACAUUCCAGGAUCGAAAGUUGCUGAAGGUGAUACAUUGUCGGAAUAUGUUGGUUCUGGUCCACCGGAAGGCACCGGUUUGCAUCGUUACGUAUUUUUGGUGUACAAACAAAAUGGAAAAUUAACUUUCGACGAGCAACGUUUAACCAACCGGAGUGGUGACAAUCGCGGUUGCUUCAAGAUUAGCAAAUUUGCGGAAAAAUACAAUCUUGGAAAUCCAGUCGCUGGAAAUUUCUACCAAGCCGAAUGGGACGACUAUGUCCCGAUUUUAUAUAAGCAACUGGGAGCGUAAUUUUGAGCUUUUGUCACAGCUUAGCUACGUAACACAUUUUGUGGUCAGUAGCAUAUAUCAGUUGUUGUUAUUCAGAUAAAAACUUGUAUUGGGAAAAUAAAUAAUUUGCAUUUAAACA